AAAAAUUAUAUUUUUUUUGGUUGAACAAAAUCGAAACUCAUGCUUAUAAUAAUUAUAAUAUAAAUAUUAAAAACGGGCUUUACAUUAAACAAAUUUACAGUAUCGCAAUAAUUUGGAAGUUAAUACAAAACUAAUCCUUUGAUUGUAGUCGUAAAUUAGAGGGAUCAUUGGAAAAAGUCUAAAUAAUUUUUGUAACGCUUCGGGAAAGUGCGCUAUGAGCAACAAUUUAGCAGGAAUGCCUGGUACAAGAGUUCAUGCCGACGUAGAUACUCUCUUCGAUGCAUAUUGCGAAUUACAUUUUCCUGUAGGUAAUAUGCGAAGUACCAACAAACAUAAUUCGGGCUCAAUUUCAGAAACUUUUCCCGCAAAUUUUCGCGACAACGAAAUAUUGAAAAUGCUACAGUUAUGCGCAGCUGUACCAUGUGAAUUUGAAAACGAAUCGGUGCUCAUGUAUUCAUUUGUUUUGACCUCGGAAGAUUCUCAUUGGCGAUUUUGUUUUUGUCGACACGAUUUCAAAGCCAAAUAUAUCAUGGUUAUACUCACUCGCCUGCCCUGGCAUGAUGCUUUCGUAAAUAUUCUGGCGACUCUUGCAGAUCUCAAGGCACAAAAUUCCACUGAGUUCAGUGUUUUUCGUAUGAACUGUUAUAAGGCACCAGUACCAAACCGGGGAGAGAUAACCCUUGUGCCAGUGGGCACAGAUCGAAAGGUAUUUUCUUUAGAGCAGCCAUCCUUUUAUAAAUUACCCAGUAUCCCAGAAAAUCAUAAUUUAACCAUAUUUCACAAUUUCGCAACGCCUAAUAUUAUGCUAUCUAUAAUUGUUUCACUCAUUUAUGAGCGUCGCAUCAUCAUCACUUCCCGAUAUCCGGAUAGACAUUCCGCCUGCGUGCAAGCGGCCAAUGCACUACUCUAUCCCAUGGAAUGGCAGCAUACCUACAUACCAAUAUUGCCGGCGCAACUCAGUGAUUAUCUUUCCGGAUCUAUGCCAUUUCUAAUAGGCGUGCCUCUGUUUGUUUUAGAAACGAUAUGUAGAGGUGAGCUCGGUGACGUUAUUAUUUUCAAUUGUGACGCUGGCACAUAUGAAAGCUGUUAUAAUGAUGUCCAACUAUUGCCAAGGCGUGUUCUGGCUGAUAUGCAAAAGCAAUUUCGGAACACUCAGGAAAUGAGUGAUGAAUACAUUUCUUAUGUUUUUCUACUGAUGAUGGUGCGUUUAAUUGGUCAAUACCGUGAUGGUAUUAAAUUUAAAUACGGCACACCUUUUUUCUGUGAGUUUGCAUUUUUAUCCAAGUGUCAUCCGACCAAACGUCCAUUCCUGCGCCGAUUUCUACCAACUCGUAUGUGUGUUCACUUCCUAAACACACGCUUAGGUAUGCUAAAGCAAGAAUCUGUGAUAUGGGACCGCUUUGAAAUGGAAAGUGCUUUACAUUCGCAGCGUAAAAAUAAGUCAUGUUGGGCGCCUUCUAAGAAAAAGUAUAAGAAAACAGAUGAAAUCUAUGCGCCCCGCAACAGCCUUCAAAACCAUUUAUUAAAUGCUAUUGAGGUGACUGAGUCUAUAAAGCUGCAAUUGAAGGAGUUACGAAAAUCUCGCGAAUACAAAAAUGCGAAAGCGCAUACAGAUAUGCGCGAGUUGUUCGAAAGCAUUCGUCAUUUACUGGCGUUUGCAAUAUCCGCUUACCGUGGUUUACAAGCACAAAAUGAGGAGGAAAUGAAUAAUCUGGGAUACACAGAAAUUAGUACUCGUACUCGAACAUCUGAACCGUCCAAGCAGGAUAAAGGACGAACCACUAAGCCCAGCUCAAACAGACCUUUCGGAUGAUUAGUUAGGUAACGAGCUUUGCACACAUUAUGUACAUAAAUUUUGUUCUUGUCUGAAAAUUAAGCAAUAAAAGG